AUGUGGCCCAUCUUGGUCUUCCUGCCCUGGAUGGCCCAUGGAGCAGGAGCCUCCUCCCAAGCUCUUCAGGAUUACCUGAGUCUGAAUCCAAUUACUACCACAUCUGCAGCCCAGUCCCAAAGCACACCGGUCAACUUGACCAGCCUCAAGGAUGCCGUCAUGGCUGGCAAAUACACACCAUCUCGCCCAUGGCAAUUUCUUAAUCAGCCCUGUCCUGGUAGCUGUGGAAGCCUAGGCGUAGACCCCUCUGCCUGGCCCGCCUAUCAUAGUAUUGAAAGCUUGUUGGGACGCUGUGACGAGACCCUCCUGCUGGACUUUUCACUCUAUACAGCCGUUGACGGGUCUGAUGGGCGUGUGAGCAUCCGCAGCUGUACCAGUGAUCUCAGUAACAGCUCCUCCUCCUCCACCUCCACCUCCUCUUCUUCAUCGUCUUGUCCUAGCUACAACGCAACCACCACAGAAACAACAAUUGCCGCUCUAGAGUUGACCUGGGACACGACUACAUACGGCGAAGCCACUACUUCAGGCGCUCUGGAUGCACUGAACCAGUUGCUAGCUUAUGAAAACCAGGCCUCGUCCCCGUGCAAGGAAACCAUCGCGUUUGCCCACUCGGGCAGUACCGCGGUUGGCGUCUACAUCGGUUCUGCCCUCAGUCAGCAGGACAUGCUGGCACCUCUGCUGGAUGCAGUUACUGAACGAAUUGAAAGCGAGGGAGUGACGGAUAGCCUCGCUGUACAGCUGUGCUCCAACAAUAGCACUGCCCGAUACACCAUGGGCAUCAUGGUGGGCUCUGAUCUACUCGCCGUACAGAAAGCCGUGCAGACGUGGCGUGGCAGUGACUGCCUCACCUCGCUGUCACAGUCGAUCUCUGGGGCCAAUGUUACUUUUUCCUUUCCCAAGACCCACAGCAACAGCUCCAGCUCCAGUGCUACGACUGGGAGAAACAGCACUGCUAGCUGGUCAAUUCGCAGUCACGGAGAGGUUCUAGGGAAGCGAAGCACUUGCACGACAAUCCAGGUCGUGGCUGGCGACAACUCGACAACAUUGGCUAGCGAGUGUGGUAUCACCACAACUCAAUUGGCUGAAUAUAACACGAACACGGCAUGGACAGUGGGACAAUAUGUCUGCUGUUCAUCCGGCACACUGCAGGUCAACACACUAGAGGAGCAGGCAGAUGGCUACUGUGCUAGCUACCUGGUCAAGAAAAACGACACAUGCUCUGCUCUAGCUGCAGAGUAUGGUAUCACGGUGGCAGACAUUGACAGCUACAAUAACAACACCUGGGGCUGGAUGGGUUGCGACGACCUUCUGGCUAAUGAGUAUAUCUGCCUCAGCACUGGGUAUCCUGUAAUGCCAGCCGUGAUCUCUAACGCUGUUUGCGGGCCCCAGGUAAACGGUACAGCUACCGCACCUCAGGGUUCUGAUCUUAGCACCUUGAAUGAGUGCCCACUCAAUGCCUGUUGUGACAUCUGGGGACAGUGCGGCAUCACGGCUGAUUUUUGUACUCCCAGUAACUCAACAACAGGAGCGCCCGGCACAGCAGCUAAUGGAACGAACGGGUGUAUCUCCAACUGCGGGACACAGAUCAUUGAAAGCGACACGCCUACCGAGUACUUCGCUGUUGGCUAUUUUGAGGGCUUCGACGUGCAGCGUCCCUGCCUCAAACCAUGGAUUACUCAGAUUGAUACCACCGCUUACACGCACAUCCACAUGUCCUUCGCCACCCUCAAUACUGAUUUCUCAUACAAUCUAUCUAGUGUUGGAAGCCAAUGGGAAGACUUUUUGGCCCUGACUGACGUCAAACGCAUCCUCACUGUGGGGGGAUGGAGCUUUUCAACUGACGCCAGUUCAUACGACAUUUUCCGUCAAGCCGUCUCCAGCAGCGCCAACCGGCAAACAUUGAUUACAAAUACAAUUGAUCUGCUUGAGCAAUGGGAUCUUGAUGGCAUUGACUGGGACUGGGAAUACCCUGGCGAGCCGGACAUCCCUGGUAUUCCGGCCGAUACAGAUAGCGAUGCUCAAAACUUUUUCCUCUUUUUGUUUGAGCUGUCGCAGCAGAUGCUUGUUUCUACGCCAGAUAAGUCUCUUUCAACCACAGCGCCGUCGUCUUUCUGGUAUAUGAAGGCUAUCCCAAUCGAGGCUAUUAGCAAAGUUGUUGAUUAUAUUGUGCUUAUGACAUAUGAUCUACAUGGCCAAUGGGAUUGGAAUAAUACUCACACUGAUGUUGGCUGUCCUUCAGGUGGUUGUCUUCGCUCUCACGUCAACCUCACGGAGACGAUAAGUUCGAUGUCUAUGAUCACAAAAGCCGGCGUCUCAUCGGAUAAGGUUGUAAUAGGACUUGCCAACUACGCGCGUUCAUUCCAGAUGACUGAGGCGGGUUGCUACACUCCUGAUUGCACCUUUACUGGGCCUGACUCUGGUGCUGUCCCAGGCAAUUGCACACAGACAGCAGGGUAUAUUUCUAAUGCCGAGCUGCUUUCCAUUGCGGAGGACAAUUCCGCCUACACUUAUCUUGAUACAGAGGCCAACGCAUACAUUCAAGUCUGGAACGACACACAGUGGGCUUCGUACAUGGAUUCCGACAUCGCAGCCUCGCGCACUGGGCUGUACAAGGGCAUGAACUUCCUAGGAACAGCUAUGUGGGCUAUUGAUCUGACUGACCUCAACGGCACCAGCGAUAGCAACACUACAAGUACCUGCGAGAUCUACAUUGACCCAUCCGUCUGGGUUGAGGCUUCUCCCACCGUGACUGCUGUCCCUGGAUGUACGAUGAUGUGGCCGCCGAUGCCUCUGGCGUCGAAUACGACCAUCAUUUUUCCCGCCUGGCCUACGCACCUAAACUACCGUUCAACUACCACGAGUACCACGACUUGGUAUGACGGCAGUGUCAAGUCAUAUGAAGUUUACAAUUCUCACUCCGUGCCCACGGUACUUACUAUUCCCCCCCUUGUAACCAAUGGCAUCCCCGUGUGGUUUCAGACUGUCACCAGCAACCAGAGCACCCUCAUCCAUACCAGUUCCGCUAAACAGACCCCAUUUGUGGUGACCUGGACUCCAACCAUCGGUGGCACCACGGUUGUGAGCGGCGGUACUACUAGUACUGUGUCUAGCGUUUCCUGGUCCUCAGGCAACCUGACCUACGCGACCGCUGCAUGGGUGGACAUUUUUGGCGGCGUUACCUCUGUGGUCAACGGCACUGUCAUGCCUGUCACUACUACGACUGUCACGCCGCACCCAUUCCCCACGACAACAGACUCGACUACUGAUCCAGUGCUAAACACGAGAAGUACAUCUGUCCAGGCAACCAAGUCGAAGGGGGACUCAGGUCCUCAGUGUACAUCGGAUUGCAAGCCUUCGGGCGGGUGUGGUGAAUACUGUUUGCCUGGUUGUCCAGAAUGUCCCCCGUGGUUUGGUAUCGAUAUCAGCGGCGGUGGUGGCGGUGGUGGCGGUAGUGGUGAUGGAGGCGACGACAGCAGCAGCAGCAGCAAAUCUGAUUCUUCCUCUAGCAGCACCAGCGAAGAAAGCACUAUCACUGUCGCUGGAGCCACGUUUGUUAUCGCCGAUGCGUUCCCUACCACCACAGAUGCAAUGACGGCGCUGGAAGCCCUGGAAUCUUCAGAAGCUGGCUUGAUAAAAUCGCUGUACGGCGCUGAGAUGAGUUAUCUGAUAACCGCUGUCUCAAACACCGCUACGGCCCAGUCCACGGCCACGCCUACUACGACUGCAAAUCCCUAUUCUAUCACCAUUAUCGACUCUUCGGGAGACACUGUGGCCUGUUCGUCAGAUCUGGUGCUUGAAUACGAGGGAGGACCAAGCACUGCCUGUGUUGGGGAUGUGAGCACGAUCUCAACACACAGCACGACCUCUACCACGUCGACCACCGCUAUCCCGACGCCAACCGGAUUCGGCCUUAUGAUCUUCAGUGACACCAACUGCGAAGACUAUAUCGACGGCUACACUUGGGACAGUAAUGGGAAAUGCUACGAUGCGGGCACUGAGAUCAACAGCUAUAUCAUCACUACCGAAUCCGAUAGGUGCAAUGAUGAAGAGAACGCCAUCUUCCGGGUGUGGCUCAGCGCCCUCCACAUCAACACGAAUAAUCACUCCGGACUCAACGCAAACCUCGCUUCUCGGUCCAUUGACUACAACCUUCACGACGCCCAGUCGAUGCAGUCAGGCAUAUGCGCAUCUGUCGGUGGAAAUAUCACCUACAGUCAGGAUAGCAGCUGUCUUCCUCCGGUGAAAUCCACCAUACUCGGGAGUUUGGUUGGUCCUUCGGACGUCCUUUACACUACCUAUGAUUAUCGGGGUUAUUACUCCCCGGGCAUCGCGUGCCCUGCUGGAUAUUCGACGGCAUGUGCGGUACAAGCAGGUGCUGAUGGAAUACAGUCUGCGUUGUCAAAUCUUCAGAGUUUUGGGUUUGUGUACUCGGCGACUGCGGAUGAGACGGCGGUGGGAUGCUGUCCAACAGGAUAUCAAUGCACCAACAGACUCUCCAGCCAGUGGUGUCAGCACGUCAUCGCGUCCACAACGCAGCCCCUGAUAACCUGCAUCAACGGCACAAACGGUGCUCCAGCGUCGUCAACGACACAGUUCACCCUCCCAACAAAUGUCACCUUCACGUACCCGGACACACUUCUUUCGACAGAAGUUACGUCGACAGUCACAGUCACGUUAUUUACCAUGUUUGCAACCAUGAUUCAGAUGAAUUUUCAAGCGACUGAUCUUGCGUCUACUACUUCUCUGUCGUCGACCUCAUUACUGCCAUCUUCUUCACUAUCCACGAAUUCAAGUAGCACAGGUGGCAGCAGUAACAGCAGUAGCAGUAAUCACAAAACGACAACAAUCGCUGUUUCAGUCGUCAUCCCGUGCGUGGCAAUCCUCAUCGUAGCAUCGUUGGGAUGGUUCUGGUACAGGCGGAGAGCCAAAAAACAACUUUCUGCGUCUUACCAAGCCGCACAAUCAGCUGAACCUGGGCCUGAGACCUCAAUCUCGUAUUAUGGCGCAGAUACUACGAGUGCGCCCAGUGAAAUGCUGGGCAGUCCAGCGCGAGUUGAGAUGGAGGGUUCGCCGGUCAUGUAUGAGAUGGCAGGUACAGAUGCGAAUGCGGCGACGGUGAGGCAUGAGAUGUAUGCCGGUAGAUGA